AUGGGCAGGGCGACGAGACUAGCUGGGCCGCAUGCUGGGGAUGCGGCCCCGGCGGCAGAACGGCUUGUCGAAGAUGCAUAUGGCGACGGAGGGACGGGGCCAGAUUCGCCCUCCGUCGUGUGGACGAAGCGGGAACAGAGGCUUCCGCGGCGAUGGAUAUUCUGGGGCGUAGUCCUCCUGGGCUGCCUCGCUGGGUACGUUUACAAGUCGCAAGGGGCUACGACGGCGGUUUGGAUCCCGGACAAAGAGUCCAUGUCCUUUGGCGAGACACCUUUGCCGCCACCGUUGCCCUCCACACAGAUUACAAACUACACGUUGCCUCUUCGCACCAGGGGCCGGUACAUUGUCGACGCCGAGGGGACGAGGUUCAAGCUCGCUUCGAUAAAUUGGUACGGCGCGAGCGACGAGCUGUUCGUCCCGGGAGGGCUGGACGUGCAGCACCGCAGCGUCAUCGCCCACACCAUCAAGAGGUUGGGGUUCAACAGCGUCAGACUCCCGUACGCGGAUGAGCUGGUGACCAAAAACCCCGUCGUCGACGCCAGGCUGGUCAGGGCCAACGCGGACCUCGUGGGACACAGGGCGCUGGAUGUCCUGGAGGCCGUCACGACGACCCUGACGGAGCAAGGCAUCGCAGUCAUUGUCAAUAAUCACAUUACGAGGGCGACUUGGUGUUGCGGCGCGAACCCGUGCGACGCCGCGUGGGCCAACGACCAUCUCCUGGGCAUUUGCAGGGUGACACAGUCCGAGCAUGACUGGAUACGGAACUGGGAGACGGUCAUGGCGAGAUUUACCGGCAACUCGCUCGUCAUCGGGGUCGAUCUGCGCAACGAGGUGAGGGGGCUCUGGGGCACGAUGCCGUGGCACAAGUGGGCGUCGGCGGCCGAACGCUGUGCGAACCGCCUGCUGGCCAUGAAUCCGGACUGGCUCGUCGUGGUGGAAGGGACGGAAUCGGCAAACGACCUGCGCGGGGUGCGGAGCAGGCGGGUGAAGCUCGACGUCGCUGACAAGCUCGUGUACUCGGCGCACGUGUACGCCUGGUCGGGAUGGGGGAGUCUGGGCGGCCGCUUCUCCCAGAGGACGUACGAGUCGUUUCGGGAGAGCAUGCGCGAGCACUGGGGUUACCUGCUCGACGAGGACGUGGCGCCCGUCUGGGUGGGCGAGAUUGGGGCGCCGAGAAUGCCGGCGAGCGUGGGCGAUGUGCGGUAUUGGAAGAACCUGUGGAGGUAUCUGGGUGAGGUGGAUGCCGACUUUGGCUACUGGGCGUUGAAUCCGAGGAAGCCCAGAGGCAACGAGAGCGAGGCUUAUUCGUUGGUGGAGGAUGACUGGUUUGGCGACGAGGCCAAGCGAGCCAUUCUCGACCGUGAGCGCACUUCGUUGGGUCUACACCCCGCAGGCAUGGAAUGGCCGACCAACUGGCCCGGCUCUGAAGGCGAUCAACACGACGACUAUGCUGUACCUGCCAAUUCGAUUUACAGGCUGGUGCCUACUAUGCAGGCGUACAGAAACAACCUGACUGCCCUGUCGCAGAAGUAUAAUUUGUACUUUUCUGCAUAUCGCGGCAGCGUCUUUGUCUACGUCCCGCGAAGCGUUCCGAAACAAACCAUACCCCAACACCCUGAUGUCCAACUGGUCACGUCUCCGAGUCCAGCAGCGUUGCGCCUCAGAGGGUACAUUGAUCCCACAUCCCCUCACUCGGUCAAUCAUAUGAUUGUCGGGUCGUUGGGACAAGAGGAAGUUGUGCUCACAUGUCACGACGAUGGCGAUGUCAUUGCCUUUUACACCAAGGACAUUGUCGAGCACAUUCUCGCCAAGUCUGAGAUAUCCAGCUCUGCGACGCCAAAACAACGAGCUUCAGUCUCGUCCUCGAACGCGGGCAACGUACCGAGGCCUUUUUUCCACGAAAACGUCGGCCUCUCGGCCUGGGGAUUGGCGCUGCAUCAAAAGUCCCGCCUGAUAGCUGUCAGCUCGAACCGGUACGAAAUAACCGUGUUCGCACCCGCUCUAGUCACCAAUGGAUCCAGGUCGAGUCGGAUUUGCGAUUGUGAGGCCUGCUGCGACGGUGUGGAGUCGCAUGUACGUCGUCGCGCUCGCAACUGGCGCGUCGUCGUGUCACUGGGACCCAUGGCGGAUAAUAUCCCAAACAUCAGCUUCGUUGAUGACAAGUAUGGCUACGCGGAGAAGAUCAGUGCUAUUGAUAUAAAGGGUGCCAUGUGGCUUGCCGAUAUUUGGAAAGCAUACCAAGCCGCCAUCAGAGUCAUGCCGUCGACCAGCCCGCUUUUGAAGAGCGAGGAGUUCUGGCCGGCAACGUCACGUUUUCUGGCGGUCCGCUCUGAGGAGGAGCUCCUAGGCGCCGAGCUCAAGGACCUGGAGAUGGUGCCUAAACUCCAAGCCGGUCCUCAUCCCAUGGUCAACCUGGCCAAGACUAUCCGGGACCUGCCGGACAACCCGUGCACACAACCCCCACUGCGAAAUACCCUCAUUCACGUGGACAAUCCAGCGCCUGGAGAUGUUCAGUUGGCGGCAGACAUGGGCGACGACGAGUUUGACUUUGACGACAUGAGCGACGAUGAGGCCUUUGAGUUUGGCGGUUCGGAAUCCGGUGAAGGCGUCGAGGCAGACGACGACCAAAACACAGAAACCAACUCUGACGACGAGCUUGAGGCUGGCCAAGACGUGGAAAUCGGAGAGGACGAGGAAGAGGCUGAUGACGUGUUCUACAAUAUCCUCCAUGCCGCAGAAUACGCAGCACAGAGCGACAUUCCAUCAACAUUGGCAAAUCAAGCGGAGGAAACACAGGCUCCGCACACAUCAAACGUUGCGCUACCAGUCGGCCAUCCCACGCUGACCACUCCCCCCUACCCCGCGGAGGGGUCUCUAGCUGUGCAGCAUCUAUUCACGGAUCUCUUUGCUUCGCCGUUUCAGUCAGAGUCCGAAAGUGAAGGCGUGUUGCGUGACUGUGCCUGCUACCCGCCCCCUUCCACGGAGUGUCUGAAAUUGCGGCCGAGAAAUCCUCCUGUGAGGCUCGACAUGAUUUACAUGCCUCACAGUGGAAAGGUCAUCAAGGCGCCUCGACGCGUCGACAAACUUGCAUCCUUCCUCCAGAGAGACACCGAGUAUAACGAAAACACGGCGGGCUAUGUGGCCGGGCUGGGGCGGUUCGCAGAACGAUAUCACAUGCUGCGAACGUACGAGAAGGACGUUGAAAUGCGUACGCUUGACAAACCUCACCAGAGAGGCUUACCAGAGAUCGGAAUCCUCUGCCCAUACGCGCUGACGAUGGGCUUGACUCCUGGCCGAGCCAUGAGGCCGCAGUUCCGCGCAACGAGCCGACUCAACAUGGUGGUGCACAUUCCCGAACUGUUCCUAGUGAUUAUCGGUUCUCCGAUCGGCAGAGUGCUGCUUGUGACUCCCACCCGCCUGACGAGCCCGAUCGAUAAGCUGGCAGGCGUUCUUCACUACGGCCUGCGAAUCGACUGGGUCCUGCCGCGACAGUCGGAUGAGGCGGUGUUCAGGGUCAGCAAGCGCCCCCUCCAUGGCAUGGCUGUAGGGCCGGUCCAGGAAGACGGCGUGGUGGGAGGUGCGGACGAGAAGCGACAGGCGGCAGUCCCGCGACGGUACAGACUGAUGCUGCACUACAGGAACCAUGACAUCCUGACGUACGAGAUUACUAGGGAAGAAGAAACAGGAAAGCUGUGUAUAUUCUAG